CGGCAUUUUGUCGGUUAUGUUUUUCAUUCGAAUUUUGUGAAUUUUGUGAAGUUUGUCACUUGUGUAAUUUACAAAAAUUACUUUUUAUCUUACUGUACUUACUAGCUUUCGUGAAUUAACUGAUAUAUUUUAACAAAUACUGAUAAGUGCAUAAAAUAUUCAAAAUGCCGAGAACAAAACGACCCGUUCGCGUACAAGAGAAAAAUGGAGUUAAAGACGACGUGUUGAAGAAACUUGACAAAAUCGUGGCUGAACAGAAAGCGAAUAUAGACUCACGGGUACACAUGGAGUGCAGAAAUCUGGACCUCGCAUUCAAAAUGCUGCUCGGGACUAUUAGUAACACUGUUUUGAACAAAACCAUUGGACAGCUAAAAAAUGAACUUCACAUGAAAGAAGUGGCCAAUACCACAAGGAAAACAAGAAACUUGAGCAGAGCAACCUCCCAUGAUGAUGGCUACCUCACCGAGACCUCGCAGGGCUCCGGCGAGCGCGGCAAGAAGAUGGGGCCUCCGUCGACCAACCGCGCGUCCCGCUCGCGCUCGGCCGACGCGUCCGCGCGCCGGGCGGCGGCGCCGCGCUCCGACGCCAAGCCGCGGCGCCGCUCCCGCUCCGUGCUCUACAAGACGCCCGCCUACAACAAGACUGCCGGCAAGCGCUACCCCGACAUCACUCCCAAGGUGGCGCCGCAGACUCCGCUGACGCUGCUGCGGCACGCGCGCCAGGGAGAGAUGCUCGUCUCCAUGUCGGGCUCGCCCGUCAUCCCCUCCGUCGGAGCCAUAUCAGCGGAAAGCAAGGCGCAUUGCAACUUCAUGCUGAAGGACGGCACCAUGCUGUCUCUGCAGCCCAACCAGCUGCGCCAGUCGCAGGCUUUCAUCCCAUUCUCGCUGAUGGACGCCGACGUGGUGGAACAGCUGAAGACUCUUCAAGCCAGCCUCGCCUCGAUAGUGGGAAACGUCGAUACGUGACUUCACACACGCAACAAAAUAUUACUUACAGGAUAGUUAAGUAAGAAACCGAUUGUUCGAUAGGUCUCAUUUAAGGUUAUGGUGGAGACCCGCAUAUAAUUGUUGUAAGAGGGCAAGAACUCGCAUUUGUAUACAUAGGAUGCUCAGACACAGGAAAGAACAGCCUCGCUUCUGCUCUACCGACCUUCUGUUUCACAAUAAUAGCAAAGAGAAUUUGAAAUAGAUGUGGAUUGUCAAAAAUCGGCACUAUUUUGUACAGAAAAUGACAAACAUGGCGUCUCCAGUUGGUUAGAUGCUCUUAGCAUUAAAACAAAGAAUGGGUUGAGAUAAUUAUAAUUAUAAAUAAUGUAACUUUCGUAAGUUCACACAUUGAGUUAAAUAGGAAUUAUUGUGAAUGCUAGACUGUGUGUUUGUAUUGUAUUAUUAAUUUUUAUUGUUAUGGCUGACGAUGCUGUGUGCGUUUAAUGUAAUUAUUGAUAUUAUAGUUUUUAAUUUUA